AUGCGUCUUUCUCCGGCAUGGUACCAGUUCCUGGUAGGCAUUUUCGCCUCCCUCGGAUCGUUUCUCUAUGGAUAUGAUCUCGGUGUUAUCGCGGAGGUCAUUGCCAGUCAAUCCUUUGCUUCCAAAUUCGAGGCGGAUUCUACCCAAACUGGAUUGGUAGUAUCCUUGUUCACUGCCGGCGCCUUCUUUGGCUCCGCCUUCGCCGGUCCCACCGGUGACAUGCUGGGGCGACGAUGGACCAUCACGAUCGGCUGUAUCAUCUUUUGCCUUGGUGGAGGCCUUCAGACUGGAGCCCAGACAGUGCAAUAUCUAUACAGUGGUAGAUUCUUGGCCGGACUAGGGGUCGGUUUCCUUACCAUGAUUAUCCCCCUAUACCAGGCCGAAAUUUGCCAUCCCGACAUUCGAGGCCGAGUUACUGCGCUGCAGCAGUUCAUGUUGGGCGUUGGUUCGUUAUGCGCUGCCUGGAUCUCAUAUGGUACCUAUAUUGGGUUCGAUCCGACCAACAAUGCCCAGUGGCAGGUACCUCUUGGUCUGCAAAUCGUCCCGGCUGUGUUUCUAGGUCUUUUGAUCAUGUUCUUCCCCGAGUCGCCUCGUUGGCUCAUUGACCAUGGACAUCACGAGAAAGGCCUUCAGACUCUUGCGAAGCUUCACGCUCAUGGAGACGUAAAUGACCCCUGGGUUCGUGCGGAAUACAACCAGAUCCAGGAGGCCGUGACAUUUGAGCAUGAGAAUGAGGCCAAGUCCUACCUGGAGCUCUUCACGUCGCGGUCGUCUUUCCGCCGCCUUUUCCUCUGCUGUGCAUUGCAGGCCUCGGUGCAGAUGACUGGCGUCUCGGCUAUCCAAUACUAUUCAGUGGAUAUCUACGGACAAAUCGGUAUCAAGGGCGAUGAAACCUUGCGUUACCAGGCCAUCAACUCGGUGAUUGCCUUGGUUGCUCAGUUCUUGUGUAUGAUGUUCAUUGACCGUCUCGGUCGUCGCUGGACUUUGAUCUCCGGAAACCUGGGUAACAUGGUCACCUUCAUCGUUGCCUGCGUUCUGCUGGCCAAAUUCCCUCCUGAGGUCAACAACACCGGAGCUCACUGGGGCUUCAUCAUCAUGACCUGGUUGUACAACUUCUCGUUCUCAUGCACAUGUGGUCCCCUGUCGUGGAUUAUCCCGGCAGAGGUGUUUGACACACGAACCCGAUCGAAGGGUGUCUCGCUUGCCACCAUGACCUCUUAUGCAUUCAACACCAUGAUCGGCCAGGUGACACCCCUGGCAAUGGACACCAUCAAAUACCGAUACUACUUCGUGUUCGUCAUCUGCAAUUUCACCAAUGCGGUUUUCUUCUGGCUUCUGCUGCCGGAAACCAAGAAGUUGCCUCUGGAAGAGAUGAACCAUUUGUUCACCAACUCGCCUUGGAUUGUGCCGGGAACCAAGAAGGAGAAUUACCUGACCCACGAUUUGGAGCGCAAGGUUGCGGAGCAAGAGGAGAAACAAGAGGUCUAUGUCACCCACAAGGAAUAA